AAUUCGCACAGCACGCGGACACCAUGGGGAACUGCAUCAUCACUGUGUCCAGCCGCCUGGAACUGAACACGAGCGAUUACAGCUUUGAGAACAUGACGGCGAAUUACUCCUACGACUAUGACACUAAUGAUAUCUUGGCCGCUGCACCCUGCCAGAGUGGCUACUGUUCAUUCUUUCGCAGUCAUGCCUUCAACUUCCUGGCUGUAGUCUGUGCCCUGGGCCUGUUGAGUAACCUGGCCCUGGUGGUGGCCUUGGCCAACUGCUGGGGUCUUUGGGGCUGGCCCCUUGGCAGAGCCUCCCUGUUCCAGCUGACGCUCGGCACCACCAUCUUCACAGCCAUGCUGCCAUUUUUUGCUGCAGGCAUCAGCCAAGGUUGGGUCAUUGGUGACGGGCUCUGCAAGGUGGCGUACAUGCUGUGGUACGGGAGCCUCUUUGCUCAAGGGCUGCUGGUAGCUGCCGGUGCAUGCAGUGCCAUGUGGGACAAAUGGGUUCCCAGACGGCACCACUGGUGCAUGGCCGUGGCUCUCUGGGUGGCAGCUAUCCUCCUGGCAGUGCCAGCUGCCUUGCUGAGUGGGACGGAGGGGCACCCGCAGGAGCUGUGUAUGAUGAGGGACACGCACUGGUGGCACCUGGCCCACGUCACAUCCUGCCUGGCUGUUUUCAUUCUGCUCCCUGCCGCACUAGGCGUGGCCAAGGCAAUGCUGACAUGGCGCAAGAGUGACUGUCAGCUGCGGGUCGGGGUGACGUGUCUGUUCUUCCUUCUCUGGGUGCUGUACGGGACAGCUCUGCUCCUGGACUCACUGGUGCGGAGGCAGCUGCUCGACGCCAGCUGCCAAUUCUACGAGUUUCUUGACUUCUUCCUGGGGCUGUCAGAGGGCCUCGGUGUGCUGCACUGCUGCCUGGGGCCCCUGCUGCUUCUCGGGGCAGGGCUGUAUCACCGAAGGACCCAUGCUGACCCAGGUCCCCUCCGAGUGCCAGCACAGCAUGUGCCAGGGCUAGAAUUGCCAACCCCAAAUGUUCAAAAAGCAUGA